UUCUUUCUUUUUUUUUAUCAACGAGCACAUGUGCCCAAUGCAUGCUGUCGUUGAAAUUUCACAAGAAACCAUAUUUUAAGAAAGUCUAACAGACUGUUUGAAAUGUUGUCUUUACAAUUAGGAAUUUCGCGUGUUAUCUUACCUACUGUAAGAAAUGUUACGCGGUUUGUUUCUGUUCGACCCCAACAAAUUUGGCUAAAACAUUCGUGCAUCAGCUCUUCGUUGCCCAGGAAAGUUUCACCGUGCACCAAAUACUUCAGCAUAUCGUCAUUUGGAUGUCAAGAAAACCGCGAACAAAAACCAAAGCCUUCUUCAACAAAAAGAAAAUCAGACCGCAAAAGGAGAACUGUAAUUGAAGAUGAACAGCAACCAUCUAGCAGCCCGCAAUGGGAGGUAGUUGCCUACAGUACCGCUGAAGAAUAUGAUCUGAAGAAACUUAUGCAAGGGCUCCAGCAACAAGGACUUUAUCAUCCUUCCUCAAUGUCAGAAGAUAUCCAUGAUGUCUUACAUGUUUCUGCACGCUACCAAGUGGAUCGGGAACCUAGGGAAAUCUACUUUUUUCGCGAAGGUUCUGUGGUAUUUUGGAAUGUUUCAGAACUAGAACGCAAAAAUGUCUUGUUAUUUCUUCAAAUCUAUGAAGACGAAAGCUAUGACAAAGAUAUCGUUGCCGAAGGAAACGAAAAAAUGGUUUAUGCGUACACAGAAGUCUUUAACAAAACUCGCCUAAUGAAUGGCCGUAUCCUGUUAAACGAUGAGGGUUCCACUGAUUUGGAAAAAUAUACCUUUUCAAAUGCCUUGGCUCUUUCAGUAAAGCUAGCGACCUGGGAAGCUUCUUUGGAAAAGUACGUCGACUCUAUUGAGUUUGUAGUUGAGGAUUUGAAAGAAGUUGGAAGGAUCCAACUAUCACGUUCCGACGUAUUGAAGAAACAAGGAGAACUAUUCUCAUUGAGGCACUUGAUAAACCUCAGUUCCGAUUUGCUAGAUACACCUGAUUUUUAUUGGGAUCGAGAAAACUUGGAAACCCUUUAUCAUAAAACUUGCAAUCAUUUAAAUAUUUCGAAAAGAACCAAGGUGAUGAAUGAAAAAUUGAACCACUGUGUCGAGCUCGUUGAAUUACUAUCUCGCCAGUUAACCGACGCCCAUCAUACUCGACUUGAAUGGAUGAUUAUUGCUCUCAUUACGGUUGAAGUGGGCUUUGAAGUAGUCCAUCUAUUCCAAGGGUAAUUCAAUCCAAAUUAGUCGGGAACUCUGCUCAAAUACCACUAUGGAACAUCUUCGGGAGGGGUAUCACUGGGUUUUGGUAAUGGUUAUAGUAUUGUUUAGCUUUCUGCCAUUUGUACAUAAGCUCUCGAAGACGACUGAAAAGAAUACGGGCUUUUCCAUCUCCAUUUUUUGCGAUUUCUUCGGAAAAUAAAUACUUCACGGCGA